AUGGAGCUGGCAGGGCCUACCACGGUCUCUUCCGAGCCGCUACGAGUCCUAUCGCUCGAUGGCGGCGGAAUCCGCGGGCUCUCGAGUCUCCUCAUCUUGGAGAGAAUUAUGGUGAAGGUCCGCGAUGCCCGGCAUCUAAGCUAUGUUCCGCGACCGUGCGACCAUUUUGAUCUGAUCGGUGGCACAAGUACCGGAGGCAUCAUUGCUAUCAUGCUUGGCAGAUUAGGCAUGACAGUCGACGAAUGUAUACGAGCCUACAGACAAGUUGCCCAGCAGGCCUUCACUCCGAAGCGGACCUCAGUCUUACCCCCAUCACCUACCGGUGCUUUCUCCGCCAAAGCACUCGAAGAUGCCAUGAAAAGUAUCGUCCGGGAGUACUGUACGGAUAUCGAAUGCGUGGCGCGCCGGCGCGAAGGCCAUGCAACUGCUAAGACAUGUCCACAUGACGAUCUAAUAUUCCGUGACCAGGAAUGCACGAAAACUGUGGUCCUAGCAAUCACAAAAGAUAAUGUCGAUGCGCCACCAACGCUCUUCACGACGUACGAUCCCCCUCCUGCAUUCGAGGCCAUCACGCUUUGGCAGGUCGCAAGAGCUACCUCGGCAGCGACAACCUUUUUCAAAUCAAUCAGCGUUGGUCGAGACGGAAUACAGUUCAUUGAUGCCGGAUUCGGGUACAAUAAUCCAUGCGAUAUCCUGGUGCAGGAAGCCCAGCGAGUAUUUCCUGAACGCAGACAAAUGCAGAUUCUCAGCAUCGGAACUGGCCUCGGGGAUGUCGUUAUGAUCAAAGAUAAGCGACUGUCGAUCAUCACCGCGCUCAAAAAAAUGGCGAGCUCAUCCAAGAAGGUGGCGGCGAGUAUGGAUCAUCGCUACAGCGAUGGCGGCAAAUAUUACCGGUUUAAUGUCGAUCAGGGUCUUCAAGACAUCACAUUAUCUGACUGGGAGAAGGCUAGUACCAUCUCCUCGCACACCAACAACUAUCUCGCUGAGAACGAGAGGAAGAUCAGCAAGUUUGUGGAUGAUUUCACUCGUGGUUUCGAGAGGCAAAUGGGCAUAGACAAACACAUCGUUAGUAUACUACAAAGAUUCUCGUCCCACUAUAUAAAAGUCACUAACACCCCACUAGCUCCCGGACGCGAGCCUGUGCAUUUGAUUCAAUUCCCUCAAAACCAUCGCUUUGUGGGCCGUGAAGAAAAGUUGGAGGAGUUAAAGCAAAAAAUGUUCACCCAGAAGAACAAUCGACGAGUCGCAGUAUUUGGGCUAGGAGGCGUUGGCAAGACCCAAGUCGCUCUGCAACUCGCCCACUGGACAAAACAAAACAUGCCGACUUACUCUAUUUUUUGGAUACCGGCUCUCAGUGAUGCCAGCUUUGAACACGCAUGCACGCAAAUUGCGACGAAGUUAGGUGUAGGCAAAAUCUCAGAUAACGAAAAUGCCAUGGAAUUAGUGCAGCGGCACCUAAGCUCAGAGGCAUUCGGACCCUGGCUUCUUAUUGUUGAUAAUGCAGACGACCUGGAGCUGCUUUUCGGCGACGCGGAUAUGCCAGGUGGUUUGAGCCAGUAUCUACCAGACAGCGAAAACGGCAUGACACUGCUCACUACUCGCUUCCGAAAGGUAGCAGUGUCAUUUGCAGCAAAUGACGUCGUCAAGCUUGAACAGAUGAGUUCUCAAGAGGCAAACAAUUUCUUGGAGGGAUCUUUGAUCCCCCAAGUCCUUCCUCGCGAUCAAGAGGAAGUCACACAGCUGCUAGAAGAGCUGAACUAUCUGCCGCUGGCGAUCACACAGGCGGCAGCAUACAUGAAUACAGCUGACAUCUCGAUUUCAAAAUACCGCAAACUUUUGCGCAGCCCGCCAGAAGAUGUGAUCCGGCUCAUGAGCAGACGGUUCCAUGAUAGCACUCGCUACAGAGGCUCACAGAACGCCGUCGCCACCACUUGGCUCAUUUCAUUCCAACAAAUUCAAAAAACAGACAACAUUGCCGCCAAGCUGUUAGCAUUCAUCUCGUGCAUCGAGCCCAAAGCAAUUCCACAAGACCUCCUGCCUGACUUCGGGUCGGAGGAGGAAACAGUGCACGCCAUUGGCAUUUUGUGUGGCUAUGCGUUUUUAGUCAAAAGAAAUGAUACACUAUUCGAUAUGCAUAGCCUGGUGCACAUGGCGACACAGAAUUGGGUUCGCGAAGAAGGUUCCACCGAGGAGACUAUAGAGAUGGCAAUCCACCAUAUAGCUGCAAUUCUUCCGGACAAUCAUCACACGAAUCGUGGGGUAAGGCAGGCUUUCCUACCGCAUGGUCUUCAAAUUCUCCAGAGAAGCAAUGGGCGAGAUAUGGAGGCGAGGCUGCACCUGAACUUCAAAGUUGGAUGGUGUUUGAGAGCAGAUGGCCGGUUCAAGGAAGCUACCAAGUGUUAUGACGAGGCCUACCACUGGGCCAAAUUGCAUUAUAUAGCAGAGCACCCUACCCGACUGGCCUCGCAGCAUAAGCUUGCUAGAAUUUAUCGCGACAACGGCCGAAUUAGCAAGGCGCUCGAAUUGCUAGAGCAUGUGUUGACAGUGAAAGAGAGAACCUUGGCUGAAGAGCAUCCUAGCCGACUAGACUCGCAGCACGAGCUCGCCGGGGUAUAUCUCGCUCAUGGUCAAAUUAGCAAGGCGCUCGAAUUGAUGGAGCAUGUGGUGACAGUGCAUGGGAGAACCUUGGCUGAAGAGCAUCCUAAUCGGCUACUCUCGCAGCAUGAGCUCGCCGUGGUAUAUCUCGCUAAUAGUCAAAUUAGCAAGGCGCUCGAGUUACUAGAGUAUGUGGUGACAGUGAAAGGGAGAACCUUGGCUGAAGAGCAUCCUGAUCGACUAGUCUCGCAGCAUGAGCUCGCUAGGGUAUAUUUCGCUAACGGCCAAAUUAGCAAGGCGCUCGAAUUGCUAGAGCAUGUUGUCAUAGUACAAGGAAGAACUAUGGCUGAAGAGCACCCUAGCCGACUAGCCUCGCAGCAUGAGCUCGCUGGGGUAUAUCUCGAUACCGGCCAGAUUAACAGGCGCUCAAAUUGUUAG